AACAGGGUGAGGUCACAAAGCCCCCAGAAAGGAGGGGCUCCGUCCUCAGAGGCGAGGGUUCUGGGAACCACUUGGGCUGGAGCUGGGCUUAGGGAGGAGAGUGCAGCUCAUCAUCAUGUGCGAGGAGGUGCAGGCGACCGUGCAGAAACACAUGCACAGCCCGAGGCACAGCAAGGAGGAGCUGAACAGGCUUAACCAGGCCAUCCAGCGGCUGACUGCGGAGGUGGACGGCGUUAAGAGUCAGCCCUGUGAACUGGACAGAGCCACAGAACCACCAGCCCUGCGGGAGGACGGAGCCUCAGACAGUGCCCAGGGCAAGCUGGCCUGGCUGGAGGCCGCCCUGCAGCGAGCCAAGCACGACAUGGUCCGGCAGCUGCGCGAGUACCAGGACCUCAUGAUCAUCAAGCUGGGCCUGGACUUUGAGAUCGCCACCUACCGCAAGCUGCUGGAGAGCGAGGAGAGCAGGCUAAGUUUGGGCCGAAGAAAGCAUAGAUCUUCAGCCUUCUCUCUCCUCCAGGAAGUCAUCAGUAAAACUGAGCUACCGGAAUUUAAGCAGGAAGGACUGAGUUUAAGGCUUGGUCUGGGAUUCGGGACAGGGAGCCUCCCCACUCUGGGCUCAGCCCCCCGCAGCCUGGCCCGCCUGCCCGGAGGAGCGGGCCCUGGCGGCCUGGAGAGGAGCACCCCUGGCGGCGGCUGCGGAUGCUGAACCUUCCUGCACAGCUCCCCAGAAGUCGAGGACCCCAAACUCCUGCCCCAAGGCUGAACCCUGUGCCCCAGACACCCCUCCCGUGGAGCUAACCCUCACCUUGUCUUUCCCCCUUGCACCCCCCACCCCUGCCCCACCCUGGAACGUCAAGUCUUGGAAUCGAGCUUACCAGGGACCGUGACUGCCCUGUCCCCUGGGGGAAGGUAGCUGGGCUACCUUGGAGGACGCUGUGCCACUGGGGAGGCCCAGUACCCUGCUCCUGUCACCUGCCCCCCACUCCUCUUUCCCUGGGACUCCUCCUCCUUUGCAAUAAAAAGUUCUUCAGUG